ACUAUCAAUCCAGGAAAGCCAAAAGGAACAAGAAAGCUGCCACCCCUUGCCGUUCGCUUCCAGGUGGUAUUUGGAAUCCUUUCUUCUGCUUAGGCCAUAAGGUCGAUUUUAACCUGACCGAGGACGAGCAGAAUUUAAUAGAGAUUCCAGGUGGUAUUUUGAGUCCUGCCUUCUCCUUAGGCCAUAAGAUCAAUUUUAACCUGACCGAGGACGAGGAGAAUGUACUGAAGCUUAUGUCUGAGCAGCAGUUGGCCGAGGCAACUCUCGAACUAUCUCUUCGGGCGGCGCUGGGAAUUCGGAAUUUUGCUAAUGCCAUGGGAAAGCUAAGGGCUCAAUUAAAUGAGUCUCAAAAUGAAAACUCAACUUUAAAGCUGAAACUGGAAGAAGUAGUUGCCGGUCAUUCUGAAUGUGAAAAGAAACAAAAGGAGUCCGCCCGAUUAAUAGCUGAUGCUGAGCGCCUAAUGGAGGAGGCUCAAAGAACCGGCCGUGAGCUUAUAAAACAGAAUGAGGAACUGGCUGAAGCAGCUGAGGUCCUGAGGAAACAAGACCAGGAACACAGGGCGACCAUCCUGCACUUGAAGCAGCAACUGACCGAGGUGGUGGGUUUCAGUAAGAAUCUUAGCAUGGCUGAACGCAAUGUCAGGUGUGAAAGGGAUGCCCUGAUCAAAAAAGUGCAAGGCGAAUAUAUUCAAAUUGAAGAGAUGGGGAAUGCCAUUGUUGAGGAGCAUACCCUGAGGUUUGAAAAGGCUUUGAGGCAAAUUCCCUAUUUUCUAAACAUGUCCACUGAUGGGGUAGGAUUUGAUGUCAUGAAAGACAUCUACCAAGGAAAACUAGUGCCGCUCAAAGACAUACCUAAUGAGGAGUUUGGAGUAGCAGUUCCAGCAGAAGGAGUUGUGCCUGAAGAAAAAGUUGAAGGUGAAGCAACUGUGGAAAUGGUGGCUAAUGAAGCAUCUGCAGAUCCUCCUAAAGAUAAUGCCGCCACUGAAAAAGUUUUGACCGUGGUCAAGACACUUCUCGCUGAGCAUGCUGCCAGGGUUGAGACGAAAAUUGAGGCACUACCAUCCCAAAUCCAACUUCUUCUUCAACAUAUCAUAGCCAAUCCCUCCUCAAAUAAUCCCAAAAUCCAAAACCAUGAGUAAUAACUGAUGUGUCCUCACAUCUAAAACUUUUAACCAAAAUACUAUUGACCGUGUGACUUAUUACAAUCAUCAAUGCUUAUAUUUGUUGAUUGUAUGAUUUACUAUGUUUGACCUAUAUCUUUUACAGUCUCACAUAACUACACGUAUGGAUAUAACAUUACUGGUACUACAAGUGUUUCUGAUGGUAAAUAUAUUGUGUGACUAAUUUUUCUUUAAACUGCGCAUCCUCUA